AUGGGACUCAGUGACAAGAUUCACUUCAGUUUGUUUAAAGAGGAGGCAAAGUACGUUCAUGAAUUCAAUAAGAAAGAUGCCAAUCAGUACAAGUUGAAGCUGAACUGGCUUAGUGACAUGAUUGAGGAUGAGGUCCACACUGUCACUUGUUGCAACAAUCCAAGUUAUGAAAGCUUGCAGCUGCAACCUGAAGGGAAUGAUAUUAAUGGUGGUUUCAUGUACCAACGAAAGUUAAAAGACAUCCCAGACUCUGUCGAUUGGAGAGAAAGAGGCAAAUUCACUGGACCCUGUGAGAUAAACAGAUCUCACGUAGUGACUAUUGUGGGCUACGGAACUGAAAAUGGGACAGAUUACUGGAUUGUAAAGAACUCAUGGGGGAAUAACUGGGGAGACGAAGGUUACAUCUACAUGCAGCGAGGUGUCACUGCCAAGGGCAUAGCCAUGGCUGCUUCUCGUCCCAUCAAAUCAUCCUCUGGUUUUUCUUCUGCAACGCCCACAUCUUCUCUCAAAGAUGUCCUGUGA